GGCAGAGGAACAGGAGGGUGGACAGAAUCUCUGAGAGGAAGGAAAGACUGAGUCAGGAGAAGAGAGAGAGAGAGAGUGAGAGAGAAAGGGAAGAGAAGUUAGGUUUCACUCAGUCACAUUAGUGAGCGCGUGCAGUAAGGAGCAACACAUCGCACUUCUGGUCCACCUGAACACCAGCAAAUAAACACCUACGAGCAUCUGCGGCUCUCGAGAAACAGGAACACAACAAACAAAAAGGACCCACUAGUGGAUUAGUGAUACAGAGGGUACUGACUGGACCAAUAACAUUGACUUUUCUACAACAAGGACUGUUCAACCACCACACAGGUUUGGUCAAGGAGCUACAGGAGCCAACAUUCGCUCCAAGAGUUGAACGUGAGAAGUAAAGUGCCUUGUACAACAAAAAAGAGACGACUCCAGUGAUAGCCAUCAUUACGAACGUUUAGAAGGAGCCAAACAUGAGUCUUUCUCGAAACGGGACUCUGGACAAGUCGCUGACCCAGAUGGGCCACACGGACCUCGGCGAUCACCUACACAACCGCCUCCACCACACCAACUCCGUCUCGUCCAGCACAGCGCCGGCGAACGGCGGCGGAGGCGGUGGCGGCGCCGGUACGGUGGUGGUGCCGCCCCCUUACUCGCUGGCUGGCAGCGGCGGCGGCGGCGGCGGUGGUGGAGGGGGCACCGGCGAGGUUCCGCUGGAGCUGCGCGGCUCGCUGGACUGCUGGGCGUGCUCGGUGCUGGUGACCAUGCAGAACCUCAUCAUCACCACCAUCAACGGCAUCCUGGCCAGCAUCGUGUUCGGCCUCAUCCUGCUGCCCGCCCUCGUCAUGCUCGUGUUCGGCUUCCUGUGCCAUUCCUCGGUGCAGCCGCACGGCACGUCGGUGUACUGCUCGGACCUGCUGGAGGACGAGGGCUGCGUGGCGCUGCUGGUGGUGGGCUUCCUGCUGCUGACCCCCCUCCUGGUGCUGGCGCUGGCCGCCUACUGCCGCCUGGCGCGCCACCUGCAGCUGGGCCUCUGCUUCAUCCCCUACAGCCGCGCCAUCUACAAGAACCUGCCCGCCUCCCACCACCGCGGCCUGGGCUGCUGCGCCUCGCAGGGCGCCGAGCGCGAGGGCAAGGGCAGCGUGUGGGUGUGAGGCCCCUCGGACGAGGCCGGACAUCCCCCAGGGUCCAGAGAGUCAAAGUCCUGCCAUACAUUCAUUAAUUUUUUUUUUUUUUUUGUAAAUUUGUUGGGCCUUUUAUGCCUUUAAUCAGACAGGACAAUGUAGAUUGACAGGAAGUGAAUGGGAGAGAGAGUAGGGGUGGGAUCCGGAAAGGACCACGGGGCGGGAAUCAAACCUGGGUCGCCAGCGUAUGGUGCACGACUGGGACCCAUACAUUAAUUUCUACCUGUGCAUUUAACACAGGUGAUAUCACUAAUUAUCUGAUCUACCUGGCUGAUAAUUAGGAUUAGCCUGGUUUCCCAAAUGGUUGGAUCAAAUCCAAAUACUUGGCAGGACUUUUACUUUCUGGACCCGGGAUGUCCACCUCUGGGUGCCGGACGAGAGAGAGAGAGGAGUGGGGCGGAGUAGACCUGGAUCUGGACACGGGGGCCCACGUACAGGUGGAGUUUUGGGGGGGGGGUUUCCGUCCAGACUUCCAAGUUCAAGCCAUUCAUGGAUUGAUGGACACUUUAAUGGUCAGGAUUGAGUGUGUGAAGUGACCAGUGAUGUGGAUGUAUUAGUCCUGCUGUACGCUGACUGGAUUGGUAGGGUGGGGAAUCUGAGGGUGCUUUCAGGAACAGCAGGAUGCAUGUGAUGCAGAUAGGCAGGACAGACAUACAAAUGAAAAUGUAAUAUUACACUCUGAAUUAUCUACCUUACACUACAGUAUUUUUUUCUUGUGUACAUUUUUAUACUUUGAAGAUACAUGUUUUUCUACUCUGCUAGACUCAAUAAACCGAUUUUUUUUAUUUCCCUGAAA